AUGCAAACUUCCUACUUUGAUCAGCAGAGGGUGGAGAAGGAAAAAGCCCGCGGAGGCCGGGCCGCGGCGCGUCCGCGGCGCCCUUGGCGGGUCCCCGCCCCCUUCCGGAAGGAGCCGCGGGGACGCAGCAUCCUGCACCUUGACCUGUCUAGACGGGCCCCGAGUUUUUGUCUCGGUUACCAAGGGCGAGGGGUGCUCUUUGACCCCCGCGGGCGGAGGUGGUGGCCAGCGGGUCCUGAAUCCUCGCCGGAUUCCGGAGGGAGCGGGGCGCGCCGAGACGGGCACCAGCUGGGCCUGGAGAAGACAGCUUCCCCGCCCGUGUUGUCUUCACAGAUCCCCUUAGCCCACUCGGAGGCUUUCCUAGCAGACCUGUUGGAUGGAGUGUGCGAGCGGAUGAACGACUACAAGCUGGAAGAAGACCCCUUGACCAAGGAGAAGGCGUUUAAGAGAUUUGCCCCACGGAAAGGAGACAAAAUGUACAAAGAAUUUAAAAAAUUCUUUUUUUAUUCUGAUGCUUACAGACCUUUGAAAUUCGCGUGCGAAGCCAUAAUAGAGGAACAUGAGGAUGAAAUCUUCUCACUUAUCGCCCAGGAGGCACACCACCUCGCUGACAAGAUGUGCAGUGAGAAUGCAGGUACUGUGUCGGAUGUAACAUGUGUCCUCCGCGCGCCCACCCCGUCUCCCCCUGCACUGCGUCAGCUUUUUUUCAAAGCGCCUUGCUGUCUCCCUGCCACCACCGGCUCCUCGCCACUGAAUCAGAAAGACACCAAGUGAGAGAAGACAAA